GAAUUGUCAACGCGCCUCGGGCGCCUGCUGAGCCGGGGCGGCCACGGGGUUCGCCGUGCUCCCCCGAGGUACCCGCCCGAGCCAAUGUGCCACGGUCCGCUGGGGCGUGAACAGCCGCCGAUUCGGGGCAACUGGGGACUCAGGACCCGUAGAAGGGGCGUCGGUUUGCGAUCGGAACUCGGAGAGGAGGAUGGAAAUCCUGUAUGAAUGUGGAAGCCAUUAGCAGAGUAAUUGCUGUCUGUUACCAUGACAACCAGCCGCUGCAGUCACCUGCCCGAAGUCCUGCCAGAUUGCACCAGCUCGGCUGCACCCGUGGUGAAGAGCGUGGAGGAUUGUGGCAGCCUAGUGAAUGGGCAGCCACAGUAUGUCAUGCAAGUUUCAGCCAAGGACGGGCAGCUGCUGUCAACAGUAGUGCGGACUCUUGCCACCCAGAGCCCCUUCAAUGACCGGCCGAUGUGCAGGAUCUGCCAUGAGGGCAGCAGCCAAGAGGACCUGCUCUCUCCAUGUGAAUGUACAGGGACCUUGGGGACAAUUCAUCGGAGCUGCCUGGAGCACUGGCUGUCAUCCUCAAACACCAGCUACUGUGAACUCUGCCACUUCAGGUUUGCAGUCGAGCGCAAACCCAGGCCGUUAGUGGAGUGGCUCAGAAACCCUGGCCCCCAGCAUGAGAAGCGGACCCUGUUUGGAGACAUGGUGUGCUUCCUGUUUAUAACUCCCCUGGCCACCAUCUCAGGCUGGCUGUGCCUGCGGGGCGCCGUGGACCACCUGCACUUUAGUAGUCGGCUCGAAGCCGUCGGACUGAUUGCACUCACUGUCGCACUCUUCACCAUUUACCUCUUUUGGACACUAGUGUCAUUUAGGUACCACUGUCGAUUGUACAACGAAUGGCGUCGGACCAAUCAGAGGGUGAUUCUCCUCAUUCCAAAGUCUGUCAAUGUACCUUCUAACCAGCAGUCCUUGCUGGGCCUCCAUUUGGCCAAGAGGAACUCUAAGGAGACAAUUGUUUGAUUUUUGUGUCAUUGGUUGGUUGAUUUGUUGUUUGGGGUUUGGAAGUUUCUGCACUGGGGCCAUGCACUGAGCCACCCGCACGCCCUUCCUUAAACCUGUGGGUCUAAGAACAUCCAGAGCCGGAUUAACACAUCGCCCCGAACAAUGACCUCCUCCAGAAGAAAGCAAACGCUGUCGUACUUCAAAUCAUGGAUGCUGCAAUCAUAUGAUAUUUGCUAAGCUGCCAAACGUGUAUUUAGCAGAUACUGUAUGGAAUUUCCUGAACACCUCUUUAACAUAUGAGGAAGAUUGUACUGCUAAGAAUGCAAUUCAAUCCUUCCUUUUUUAUUACUAUUUCAAAUAUAUAUAUAUAUAUAUUAAACUUAGAUGAUAAUCACAAUGGAAAGCCAAUUUCAAAACUGGUUUCUUGGUUUGGAUGGGUUUUAUUUGGUUUAGUUUAUUUGUUCCCCAGGUGGAUUCUUUGGGGUAAUCUGACAGCUUGAGUGGUCUUUCUCAUCUCUUUCAUGUCCCUCACUCACGGAGACAGCAUAAUGAUUGCAGAAAAGUCAUAUUUGGAGUAUGUUUUGUACUAAACUUCAUUUAGUUAUUGUUUUUAAAGGGGGGGAAAAGGCGUGGCAACUCUCCACACAGUGAGCUGUUUAUUUAAAUAUCAUUAAGGAGAAAAAAAAAAUUAUGGUGAGAAGCACGCUCUUUCAAUUUGUUUGGUACUGACAGCUGAUAGAAGCUAUUUUCUAAUAAUAAAUAUCCAGUGUGUGAAAGACAA